AAGAAGGUCCUGUGCUCCACAUCCUAGUAAAAAGGCCCGACUCCGCCCCCUCAGGAUAGAUAGACCCUGGCUCCACCUCCAGUGUGUCACUUUGACUCCGCCUCCGUUGAAGGAAUGCCCUGACUUCGCUCCUUCCGGGUAAUAGGCAAGCCCCACCCCUGGUGCGCGACGGAGUCCCUAUGACGUAACGGUAACGGUCUGUUUCCGGGGUGGAGCCAAGGAGGGCGGGAGUUUAGGCUGCGCCGACCCCUCAGCCCCCCUCCAGGAGACGUUCGGAGCCCAGGACAUGUCGGGAUUGAGGAGAUACGAGGUGGCGCUGGAGGCGGAGGAGGAGAUCUACUGGGGUUGCUUCUACUUUUUCCCCUGGCUGCGCAUGUGGCGGAGGGACAGGAGCUCGGCGCAUCCGCGGGAGCAGAAGUUGGAGCCUCUGCGAGGCCUGAUGAGCUGUCUAUCAAGCGGACUGGGCCCUGCCCCCCAGCGCUCGGGUCGCGGCCUCCCUCGCCGCACCGCCGCCGCCACUGCCCAGCCAGCCGGUGCAUUAAAGAUUUAAACCGAA